GUAGUUUUAAAGAUGCAUCUGCACCAGAUAUUUUCUCCAGGUUGCAGCCUCUAACCCACACAGCCCCACCCCGAUUCCAGUACCAACAGAUCCUCAUUACAGCUUCAAAACUACUACUGGUGUCUUCACACAUCAACCUGCAGUAUUCCAUCGCCCAAGGAAGUUCAAUGACCAGGAACGGCAUGUUCCAGGCUGCCACGUCAGUGCAGUGGAGGCAGUGCAGGAUUUGCACACAAGCUGAAUACCAAUUCAUAAAUAAACACAUUACAUUUCAAGUUUUACGCAACUGGUUUAAAAAGUAAGAAAACCGGGGAAACAGGCUCUAAAACAGACAUUAUUGUUUUGAUAUGACAAAAAUAUACUUAACGGCUACAGUGUUAUAUAUCAUGUUUGGUUUAAAUCUGUGCAGAAAUAACUAUAUCAGCAUUUCAUUGGGCCAGGUGUCCAUAAGCUGUCAAACAGCAUAGGUGGCAGGUGACAUCAGACGCAGCAUAUGCAGCCUCUUAAAUGUGAUUUUAGGAUUGGCAGGUGUGAGGAGCCUCUGGCCCUCCUGGUGUUGCUAAACUACAACUCCCAUCAUCCCUAGCCAAUGGCCAUGCUUGCUGGGGCUUAUGGGGAUUGUAGUUCAGCCGCGUCCAGAGAGCAAGAGGUUCCCCCACCUGGUUUAGGACCAUAGCAUGACAAAAUUCUACCCUGUGUGGCCCUGAGGCCCACCUGAGAGCUGUCCAAGGUCCACUGUUUCAGAAACACUGACUUGCCCGCAGUUCUCCAGAAUUUUACAGCUGCUGUCUGAAAUCACAUCCACCAGGCUCUGAAUGGUCAUUAAACACCACCUGCAAACAAUUACACACCAUACAUUUGAAGCACUCUCCCAGAGAAUCCUGGGGAGCUGUAGCUUGUAAAGUGCUAGGAAUUAAAGCUCUGUGGCAGGUAAACUACAACUUCCAGGAUUCUUGGGGGCAGAAUGUGCCAGGAUUCUUGGGGGCAGAAUGUGCGGCCGAUGUGGGCCCUAAGAGCACCACGUGUUGCCAUUCUACUUUGCUGUAUACUUUAGGUGGCGCACGUGCCGGAUAUCGCCCUCACUCGAAGUGGGAGCGACGGGGGAGGUGGGGAAGGAGCCGGACGCCGGUGCCAGGAGGAGGCACCGCGGAGCAGACGCCAUGGAGACGGCUCUGCGUGUGCGCUCGCCGCUCUCCUCCUCCUCCCGCCCCGUCUUGCACAAUCGCCCCGGGGGCGCUGGCGCUGGUCUCGGGGUGUUUGUGCCAACAGGAAAGGCGGCGGAAGAGCGCGCCCGCCGCGCCUCCCUUUCCUUCCCUGCGCUCCGCUCCGCUCCCGGGGGGCUGCGCGCCUCCGCGUCGAUCCCUAGCAGCGCAGCACAGGAAGGAGAAAAAUGCCCAGCGAGACUUUCCGCAGCCAGCCAGCCAGCGCGACCCACCCACCUCGGGAACUCGUCGAGGAAGUUUGGCGGGGCGGGGCUUGGCGAUCCCACGUGGGGCUGAGAUGGACCAAGUUUGGGAGCUGUAAAUAACCCUAAAAUCGGAGGCGGGCGGAAAAACAAACGCAACUUUUCUGCUGGGGCGAAUCCGCGCAAUGGCUCGUUUCUUUCUUUAAAAGAGGCGCUUUCUGAAUCCGAGGGAAUCGCAGCAUGGAAGAGGACAGCAGCAACCUGGGAAGCGCCGGGAGCCUCUGGCAGGACCCUUUGGCGAUCGCACUCACCCCCAGCAAACCAGUCUCUGUAGGGAGCCAUGGCACCAGAGGGGGCGGCGGCGGCAGCGCCAGCAAUGGGGGUGGCAGCAGCAGCGGCGGCAGCGGUAGGGGCCGACCCCUGAGCGUGGUUUACAUCUUCCCCGAUGAUCUGGAAGAGCCUCUGCCUCUCCAAUGCCUGCGGGAAGCCUGCAAGGAGGUCCCGGCGACGGAGCUGACGGCGCUGCCUUUUGGCACCGUGGCGCUGGGGGACACCGCGCCCCUGGAUACUUUCUACAACGCAGAUGUGGUGGUGGUGGAGAUGAGCAACAGCCUGUGCCAGCCCUCACUCUUCUAUCACCUGGGGGUGAGGGAGAGCUUCAGCAUGACCAACAACAUCCUCCUGUGCUGCUACACUGAUUUUCCGGAGCUGCAGGCUCUUCGGGAUGGCAACGGCAGCUACACCUUCAUCCCCUACAUGGUGACAGCCCAGAACAAGGUCUUCUGCUGCGACCCGAAUGCGAUGAUGUGCCUGAGCGAGCUUUGCCAGCCUAACAACUUCACCAUGGAGGCCUUCUUCACCCCCCUGACGGCGCAGCUUGCAAGGCUGCUGGAGGGCACCUCCACCAACACCUGCGGCUACUUUCGGGAGAUGAUCCGAAGGGACAUCCGCAGGGCUCGUGAAAGGUACAGCGGGGAGCAGCUGAGCCGUGAGCUGACCAGUAUCCAGCAGCGACUGGACAGCGUCGAAUGCCUCAGCCUUGAUAUUGUCAUGAACUUUAUUCUGUCCUACCGUGACGCACAGGAUUGUAAUGGCAUCAUCACCCUAGUGGAAACCUUGCAGGCCCUGCCGACUUGCAAUGUCGCCGAGCAGCACAACAUCUGCUUUCACUAUGCCUUUGCCCUUGACAGGAGGAACCAGCCUGGCGAUCGGCAGAAGGCUCUCUCUGUUAUCCUGCCCCUGGUGGAAAAGCCUGAACGGACAGCACCUGACCUGUACUGCAUGUGCGGCCGCAUCUAUAAGGACAUGUUCAUUGAUUCUGGCUUCACUGAUGCCGAAAAGAGAGACCAGGCCUUUUACUGGUAUCACAAGGCCUUUUUAACAGACCCGAGCCUCCAUGCUGGGAUUAACUCCGUUGUCUUCCUCAUUGCUGCUGGACACAAGUUCGAAACCUCCAUGCAACUUCGGCAGUUAGGUAUGAAGGUGAGCUGUGUCCUGGGCAGGAAGGGAUCCUUGGAAAAGAUGCAACAUUACUGGGAUGUGGGGUUUUACCUGGGCGCCAGUAUCCUGACCGGCGACUUUGACAAAAUCAUCCAGGCCUCGGAGAAACUUUACAAGCUCAACGCUCCAGUUUGGUUCUUGACCUCUAUCAAGGAGACUUAUGUAAUCUAUAGUCAUUUCAACACUGCCCCCGACACCUGGUCACCUAAACAGGAGCUGGUUGAUUUCUGGCUGGGCUUCUUGAUGGAUUCCUGCCAGCCCUUUGUCUCCACAGAGGAGUGUCUGGUCUUGAUUCUAGAGUUGGGCAGAGUGUUGCAGCCAUCUCAGCUCAGUGUCUGCAGUCAAGAAGGGCAGAAAUCAGUGACGCUGAGCCACAUUGGCUCUCCAGAAGAGGAAGGGAUUUCCAAGUGGACAUUCCCAACAUCUUCCAUCCGUGGAAUCAGUAUCUCCAAGUGCGAUGAGCGGUGCUGCUUCCUCUACGUGCUGCACACAGCGGAAGACUUCCAGCUGUACUUCCCUACCCAGUAUCAUUGCCGCUGGUUUUGCGAACUGGUCCGCUCCUUCAUGGCAGAGAUGGGUGAGGAAGUGAAUAGCUGCAGCUCCCUGGAGGAACUCGAGUAUGACUACGAACGCACGGAAGCAGGCGACAGGGUGAUCCUAGGUAAAGGCACCUAUGGGGUGGUCUACGCUGGCCGGGACCUCAGCAAUCAGGUGCGCAUCGCCAUUAAGGAGAUCCCAGAGCGUGACAGCAGAUACUCGCAGCCCCUUCACGAGGAGAUUGCUCUCCACAAGCGCCUGAGACACAAGAACAUUGUUCGCUAUUUGGGCUCUGUCAGUCAAGAUGGCUUCCUCAAGAUCUUCAUGGAGGAGGUACCUGGGGGGAGCCUUUCCUCUCUUCUGCGCUCCAUGUGGGGCCCCCUGAAAGACAAUGAGCCCACCAUCGUUUUCUACACCAAGCAAAUCUUAGAGGGGCUGCGCUACCUGCAUGACAACCAGAUCGUACACAGGGACAUCAAGGGUGAUAACGUCCUGAUCAACACGUACAGUGGAGUGUUGAAAAUUUCAGACUUUGGCACAUCCAAGAGGCUGGCGGGGAUCAGCCCCAGUACAGAGACAUUCACAGGCACCUUGCAGUACAUGGCCCCAGAGGUCAUUGACCAGGGACCCCGUGGCUAUGGCAAGCCGGCUGACAUCUGGUCCAUGGGCUGCACCAUCAUUGAGAUGGCAACAGGCAAGCCCCCUUUCUUUGAGCUGGGCAGCCCGCAGGCCGCCAUGUUCAAGGUGGGCAUGUUCAAGAUCCACCCCGAGGUGCCAGAUUCCAUGUCGGAUGAAGCCAAGGCCUUUAUCCUGAGUUGUUUUGAAGCUGAUCCGGACAAGCGGGCAACUGCUGCUUCCUUGCUUCAGGAACCCUUUCUGAAGGCGCCCAGUAGGAGGAAAUCCAGGAGCCCAGUGGUGAUAGACGAGUUGUCUCCUCCAAAUGUGCCAGAAAGGUCGAUUUCAGCAGAGGGUAUCGGCGAGUCCCAGAAACGUUCUUCGUCAUUGCAGUCCUUGAACAUCUUUCUGUCUCGGAGCACCAGUGAAGUGGCUCAGAGGCCCACCUAUCUCAGGGCCCCUGAGGAGCUUCUUAAUGUUGACCUCAGCCUCUCCUCCUCCUCCCAUGAGGAGAGCGGCUGCUUGUUCUUGCUGAGGAAGGAUAGCGAGCGGAGAGCCACCCUCCACAAGGUCCUGACAGAGGAGUUGCCCAGUAUUGCCGCUGCGCUCUUUGAGGCCCAGGAUGAGGCCUGGCCUCCUCCUUCGCCUUCGCCUUCCCCUCAGAGCCCAGUCUCCUUGGACCACAUCGCCCAGCUGGUCUCCUGCCUCAAGAGAUACAUCCGCUCCCCCAACCGCAAGCAGCUGGCUCACGACUUGCGCCAAAUCCAGACCAGCUUGCAGGCGGAUGGCCUGAGCCUUUGUCAGCUGCAAGCGCCCCUCUUUACCUUCCAGGACAUCGUAAAGCAGGCACUGCGGAAGCUCCAGAUCAAGCCUCACUGGGUGUUCGCCUUGGAUAACCUCAUGGGGCAGGCGGUCCAGGCAGCUUUCACCAUCCUCUUGACAGAACUCAAGGUGAAGCCAUGGUCCUCCCGGGAGGAAGGCCACGAACACGCAAGCCAUGAGGAGGAAGAGAGCCUGUUGCCCCAGGGGCUGCAGUCUUUGAAAAGCCAGGACCUUGCCCUCAAGGACAGCAUGGACACACCAAGUUCUGGGAUCGGCACCACCAGCAGCAGCUGGAUGGACUCCCAGCAUUCCCUGAAUGGCCGUUUACCUCUCAUGGCCCAGCUAAAUGAGCUUCAGGCAGAGACGAGAAGGCUGCAGUGGGAGCUGAUGAAGAAGGAGCGGGAAUGCCAGAAGCUUCUUCAGGAGGCAUUGUGGAGUGUGGAAGCAGAUUCCUGGGCUCUAAGAGGAGCCAAGCUGAGAGGAGACACUACUUCCCCAUUGCAUUCCUGGGAGAGAGAAGAAGAAGAGACUGCAGAUCCCAUCCUCGCCGAGUGGUUGGAAAAACACGGGGCUGACAAAGCCACAAUUGCAACGCUCUCACACCAUGGCUUCACCCUGCCUGACUUGCUCAACUGUGCUACGCCUGACGACCUCCGGUACACCCGUAUCAGAGGGGGGAUGGUGUGCCGCCUCUGGAAAGCCAUCUUGGAGCACCGGCAAACACUCGGCCAGAAGUUACAGCCCGAAGUGGAGCGAGAGCCAGGCCAAGGGAAGCCCUUAAUCUGCCUGGAGGACAGCAGACUCUGGUUGGCAUAAACCUUCUUCCCCACAAGUAAGCAGAAGAUUCCAGACCUGCCCUCACACAGAGGUGAUGUGAACUGACUUUCCAUUUAUCCCUUGAGUGAUGGUGAUGGGGAAGGUGGUACUGCUCUAUUCUGGCACCUCAAGCAAAUCACGUCUGGAGGAGACUAUUUCUGUGGCACUGCCAAAAUCUGCAGUUCUCUCUCGGCUUGAGACAAAGGAAGACAAAGGGUGCUUUGUCCUGUGACCUGGAUUAGAGAGGUAGGGAGAUUCUGAGCUAACCUGCAAGAGGUGGAAGGUUGCUUCAGAGUCAGCAGUGGGAAAAGCCCCGAUUGCAUCGUUCACAGCUGUGCUGGACUGCGAUUCUUCUCUGGCCUGCUGCAGAAAACAUGGCUCCAGGAGUCAUUAGUGUAGCAGCCAUUGAGGCUGGGAAAUGAUACUCUGGGUGUUCCACUGGACGGCAGAAAGGAAACGGUGGGAUUGU